UCUUACAGCAGUACUGAGCUUACUGCCUGCCAGGAUGCUGCAAGCUUACACAAGUGUGAUUUAAGUGUGCUGCUUUUAUCUUGAUGACAGACAGCUCUAUCUGUCAGGUUUGUCACAGACAGGAUGUUAUCUUGGAGUGCAUCUUUGAUCAGUCUGACUCGGUAGCUCCUGGAGAGUUCUGCAGAGAAGUGUAUGUUCACAGAAUAACCACAUAAAGGAGGAACUGCAUGUUUGAAAUGUUUCCUAACAUGUCAUACACUGAGCUGUAGGAGUAGCAUGGAGACUGACUGUAGUUAAACCCUCAUCACUGCAGGUCUGAACCUUUUAUAUCAACAAACUCCAAACCGGAGAGCAGAGGAGAGCUGAAUGCUGAUCCACAUCGUGACCCCACAUCAAAUCAUGGCUCAAAUCAUGCUGGCAGUGACUGUGAGAUAUCCAAGCUGGGUGGUGAAGUCCAGCAGAAGCUCAACACUAACUCUGAUCAGGCAGAGAAGAUGCGUGCUGUUCCAAUCCACCGCCGUCCCGACCUGCUGGUUCCCUGCGCUGACCUUGUCAACUCCGAGUGGCAGAGGAGCCAAGCCGCUCGGGUCCACUCCCUACAGAAGUCCUGUCCAGAUUUCCCCGUCUGUCUGGUUCUCCUGCAGGGACACAAAGAGACAGAGCACCUGCUUGGCCAUGCCCGGCUGUCCCGUGUGGUAGGUCACACCAGCAGCCUGUUUGUGGAGUCAGUGGUCGUGUCCAAGGCCGAGCGAGGGAAGGGCUACGGUCGGACUCUGAUGGAGGAGGUGGAGCGCUAUGCAAAAGGAAGAAAGUUCAAGCGCCUGUGCCUGACCACGCACGAUAAACAGCACUUCUACGCCCACCUCGGCUACGUGCUGUCCACGCCGGUGCAGAACGCAGGUGCCAUGACGACGUUUGUUUCAAUGGAGAUGCUUUUAAUGUUCUCGAGAAUGCCGAGAGAAGAUGGGAACACACAGGGAGAAACACGGACAAAAAUAGAGGCUGGAGUCCCACAAGGGCCACCUCCACCUUGUCGUUUACCCCCUCCUCCUCCUCCUCCUUCACCAGCUCCUAACUCUAUACCACCUCCUCCUCCUCCUCCUUCAGUACCACCACCACCUCCUCUUUUAGUCCCACCACCACCUCCUCCUUCCAUCCUGUCUCCUCCUCCUCCUCCUCCUGCAGGUCUGCCUGUCGUUCAGACUCUGACUGAAACUCCGUACAGAGACGCCAAAGGAGUCCCCAUCUUCUGGAUGCACAAAGACAUUUGACUCUGUGAAUGCCAAAAAACACAACAAGCACAAACUGAUGGUGUAUCAGAGAAAGCAGAUGGACAGAACUGUUUUGGUAAACCAAAGACAUGCAGAAAACAAUUAUUCACACAUCCUGCCUGCCAUCACUUCUAAAAGUUUCUAAGAGCUUCUUGAGCUCAUUUGAUAAAAGUUAGGCUAUAACAUUGCCACAGAGCAAGCACAUAGAAAAACAAGACAAGGUACAAAUACACAACCAGAGAUGUCUAAUUCUGUAAAUUUUUAGAAGACAUCUAUUAAAUACUGUAGUGAACACAGUGGGACAGUUGGUCUCAGCCAGCCUUUUCCUAGUUUCUGCCAUGAGUCUUGAUAUAAAAUUUCAGAUUUUUGUUAUCAUGCACUCAAAACUAGUUUAACUGCCAAAUAACUGAUAAAGGUAGUUACUUAAAACUUCACUUCUGCUAUGCUUACUCUUUGAGUUAUUGACUCUGAUGCAGUCCUUUACAUUUGGAAAAAAAAAGCACAGUCAAAUGAAAACUAUAGUUGAUGCUAUUAAACUAAGGACCAGCUAUGUGUGAAUUUAAAUGUAGUCUAGUUUGAAUGGGAGUUAUAUCAUCCAAAGAAGUUUACACUCUACUGUUACUGAAGGUUGUACACCAGCUGAUAUCCAUUGUGGCCUUAUGUUGACUUAAGUCUUCAACCUACCUCUUUCUAUGUUUUAAGACCUCCAUAAAGUUUGAAUGGACAGCAGUGUGGUCUACAUGAUAAAUAAAUCACUUGGAAAUGUAUGAGGACUUUCUUGGGACAUUAUUCAAGAUUUCACCACUUGCUAUGCCUCUUACUUCACAUCGGCUGUAGGUUUUUUGUCCAAAGGCUUCAGAUAUCACCUAAUUAUAAUGAUUUCAUAUAUUUUACACACCUUUUCAGCCAGCUCACAGAAAUAUUUUCAGCCUUUACUCUGUUUGGAGACUGUCCGGUAUGACAGGCAGACAACCCUGCACUGAAAAGCUUUUUCAAUGAUUGGCCAAAUAAAGUGAAAACAUCAUAUCUGCAAUAAUCAGUUUGGAUGUUACACUGCUACUAAAGAGCAGAGGUGGAAGACUAUCAUACCCAAGUUAAAAUACAUACAAUAAAUCUACUCAGGUAAAAUUAAAAAGUUAUUCAUUAAAAGUUGACUCAAAGUACUGAGUAGCUACUUUUAACUAUCAGUGAGCUUGUGCAGUAAUGUCUGAUCUUUUCUUAUUAAUAUGAAAGAACAACCUGAGAGUUUGAAUCUCCAACCAGGUUAUUUAUUAUACAGUGUGCCUUAACCUAAAGUAAAAUACAACAGCAGUUUGGGGAUAAAACAUAGUUUUAAUGUCACAAUUUGGUACUGACCGGCAUGUGUCGUCAAAGCUGAACUACUGGAUGGUUCAUGUCACUGGUAGACAGCUUGGUCCUCCUUUUCUUGGCUUUUAGUGCUUAAUUUUUUACUCACUACAUAACGCUUUCUAACAUGUAGUCAAGUACAAUACUUACCAAAAAUACACUUAAAGACCCUGUAAAGUGAAAUCCAAAAUUUA